AUGACUUCCACAGGCGUUUUUAAAGGUUACGGUAUGGAGAAUCCUCCUUCUCAUCCUUGUUACUGGACAACAUCCAUGGAUUAUGGCUGGUACGCACCGACAAUUCAUACAGUGCCGACGAUAUAUUUUCCUCAAAAUCAUUCUUUCAGUACCGCGCUUGGCCGCGCGGGAAUGUACAGAAAUUGUUCGCUUAACACAGAACUCGAUAAAUCGUUAGUUUAAAUUUUACAUCACUGUGUAACUCGUUUGAUUUACUUUUUAAUGUGAGAUAAUAAUGUAUAUAAUAGUUGAUGAAUUUUUUAUUGCCUUAACGCAUGCAUUACUUUUUGAUCUUACUGUUAGUAGAAAUGAUUGAUUCUGAACAAAUGAUAUAUUUCUGAUUGUUUUUUAAAUAUAUAUUUUAGAAUAAAAAUUGAAAAGGCUAAUAAAUUUAUAAAAUUUCACAUAUAUAAA